UUCCCUUCUGGCGUUCCUGACUAGAGAACCAAGGACAUGUCUGGAACUGUUGCUUUCAGGGACAAAGUUUUCUCACAGUUAACCUUUUAAGUUUAUUUUGAAGAUUCCAAGGUCUGGGAAACACGUGACCCGUGCUUUCUUUACAUAAAUAGCAAGCCACGCUUUGGUUUCUCAGCAGUCUUUGGACUUCAGCAUGAGUGCGUCUCGGUGGCUGGCUUGUGCUGCGUUUUCUGUCUUCUGUGUCUUAAAAAUCAGCUCUCUGGACACUUUUGUUGCAGCUGUUUACGAGCAUGCCGUGAUCCUGCCUAGUAACACCCUCUUACCCGUGUCUCCCAGCGAGGCACUGGCAUUAAUGAAUCAGAAUCUGGAUCUUCUGGAAGGAGCGAUCGUAUCAGCAGCAAAGCAGGGUGCACACAUUAUUGUGACUCCAGAAGACGGUAUAUAUGGUAUGCGUUUCACCAGGGAUACUAUCUACCCAUACUUAGAGGAUAUCCCAGACCCUCAAGUGAACUGGAUCCCCUGUGAUAAUGCAAACAGAUUUGGCUACACCCCGGUACAGGAAAGACUCAGCUGCUUGGCCAAGAACAAUUCGAUCUAUGUCGUGGCCAACAUGGGAGACAAGAAGCCGUGCAACACUAGCGACCCUCGGUGUCCUCCUGACGGCCGUUUCCAGUACAACACCGACGUGGUGUUCGAUUCCCUGGGCAAACUGGUUGCGCGAUACCAUAAGCAAAACCUUUUCAUGGGUGAAGAACAAUUCAAUGCACCCGUGGAGCCUGAGUUUGUGACUUUCAACACCCCGUUUGGAAAGUUUGGCAUCUUCACAUGCUUCGAUAUACUCUUCCAUGAUCCUGCUAUCACCCUGGUGACAGAGUACCAGGUGGACACUAUACUGUUCCCAACCGCCUGGAUGGAUGUUCUGCCGCAUCUGGCAGCCAUUGAAUUCCACUCAGCUUGGGCUAUGGGAAUGGGGGUCAAUUUCCUUGCAGCCAAUAUACAUCAUCCCUCAAAAAGAAUGACAGGAAGUGGCAUCUACGCCCCGGAUUCUCCAAGGGCCUUUCACUACGACAGGAAAACUGAGGAGGGAAAACUCCUUCUCUCACAGCUGGAUUCCCACCCACGUCACUCUGCGGUGAACUGGACUUCUUACGCCAGCAGUAUAGAAGCACCCUCAACAGGAAACCAGGAAUUUCAGAGCAUUGCUUUCUUCGAUGAGUUUACCUUUGUGGAGCUCAAAGGAAUCACAGGAAAUUACACCGUUUGCCAGAACGAUCUCUGCUGUCAUCUAAGCUACCAGAUGUCUGAGAAGCGAGCUGAUGAAGUUUAUGCCCUGGGGGCAUUUGAUGGGUUGCACACCGUGGAAGGGGAGUAUUAUCUGCAGAUUUGUACUCUGCUAAAAUGUAAAACCACCAAUUUACGCACCUGUGGUAGUUCAGUGGACACAGCUUCCACCAGGUUUGAAAUGUUCUCCCUCAGUGGCACUUUUGGAACCCAGUAUGUCUUCCCCGAGGUGUUGCUGAGUGAAGUCAAGCUUGCUCCUGGGGAGUUUCAGGUGUCAAGUGAUGGGCGUUUGUUUAGCCUGAAGCCGACAUCUGGACCUGUUUUGACAGUCACUCUGUUUGGGAGGUUGUACGAGAAGGACUGGACUUCGAAUGCUUCCUCAGACCUCAUAACACACUCGCUGAUGAUAAUAAUGCUGAUUGUAACACCUAUUAUACAUUACUUAUGUUAAUAGAAUCUUUACAUUUUCUAUUUUAUUUGGAAUAAUUUAAAAUUGGUGGAUGAAGAAAAGAUCUGUUUGCCAGCGAUGGCCUCUGGUGUAAGUAAAUAAAGUGCCUUUUUCUUUAGAGAGGUAUGUGCACCCCAGAUACAUUGCAGGAAAAUUAAUAGAACUUUGGACAUUGGUCUGUCUUGGAACUCAGCUGUUGGAUCAAGUGAAUCACAUGUGUUUUAUUCAGAAGACAUAAAAAUGACAGUUAAAAGGCAUGUCAAAAUAUCAAAACAUAUAUUUACAAGAGGUUUGAAUCUAUUGCCACCUCAUUAUGACAGACACCUUAUUCAGUUAAACUUAAGAUUUCCAGUGAGUUUGUUCAUUUGUGCUGCUAAGUAUUUAUCUAAACAAUACAUUUCCAUUCUCUUAUGGGCCAAAUCCUGUCCCUUUAAUUGUAAUUAUUAUUAUUAUUAAUAUUUUCAUAUUUUGAGAUAGGGUUUCUCUGUGUAGCCUUGACUGUCCUGGAACUCACUCUGUAGACCAGGCUGGCCUCAGACUCACAGAGAUCCACUUGCUUCUGUCUCCCAAGUGCUGGGAUUAAAGGUGUGUGACACUACUGCCCUGCAGUCCCUUUAAUUCUUAAAUUCAAAUCUCAAUUCCCAUGGCCUCAGAGUGUGACUAUUUGAGGAAAUGGCGUACUUAAAAGAGGUAGCAGGAAGUCGUUAGCAUGGACUUUAAUCCAAUAUGGCUAAUGUCCUUGGAAGAGAUUUAGGACGACAAGCAUGGCAUGAAGUCUGUGGGAACACAGAAAAAGAUGCCCAUCUACAACAAGGAAAGGGGCCACAAGAGAAAGCGAACCUGUUGACGUGUUGAACUUCCAGGCCCCCAGAAUCAUGGGACAACAUUUCUCUUUAAGUGCUCCAGUCUUUAGCUCUCCAUUACAGAAGUUCAAACAAACAAGAACAAGCCCAACCAAGUUCGCUCCUUGGCCCCAUUUUCAAAUCUAAAGGUUUGAACAAAAUGGCUUACUUAGUAAGAGUGUCAAGCAAGGCCCUCUCCCCAAGACUCCAGCAGACGCCCAGAGAAGGUGGUUCAUGCAUUGACAGUAUAGUCACCAGAUCAUUGAACAGCUUUCUAGAACUAGGAAACCAGAAACUCCCAUUUUUGAAAAUCUGUUUAAUAUAACACUAAAUGUUCUCUUUUGUAACAGCAAAAUAUUUAGAUAUUAUACCACUUAGUAAGAAAAGGGCAACUUUUAAAUUAAAAAUAAAAUCUCUGAAUGGAGGAUGACCUAUACAGCACUAUUGUAUUAUCGGUAUUUUCUAGUACAAAAUGUGCUUCUGAAAAAGAGAGCAGGAACUCAUAGCAGCGAUCCAGUAUGGUAUUGCUCUGUGUGUGUGUGUGUGUGUGUGUGUGUGUGUGUGUGUGUGUGUGUGUGAGAGAGAGAGAGAGAGAGAGAGAGAGAGAGAGAGAGAGAGAGAGAGAAUAUGUGUACAAUAUGCAAGAGAAUAUACGUGUGUGCCUGCUCUUGUUUUUGAGUAUGGGUAUAUGUGUGUAGAGGUCAUAGGACAACCUUGGGUUGUCAUUCUUACCUUCCACCUUGUUUGAGACAGUGUUAUGCUGGUAAUUCAUUGUUGGUAUGCAAGGCUGGCUAGCCACCAAGAGACUCUCCCGUCUCCACCCCCAUCUAGCCAGAGGAGAACUGGUAUUACCGCACACAUGAUACAGUGUCUGGAUUUUAUGUGGAUUCUGGAAUUCUGAAUAUAGGUCAUCAGACUCGCAUAGCAGGUGCUUUAUCCUCUGAGCCAUCUCCCCUCCUGAAAGAUACUGAUUUCUUGCUCAAUGGUGAUUAAUGCCAUGUCUCAACUGCAUCUUUACCUUUAUAAGAGAGACAAGUUACAUUCCUCAUCAUUAGUUUCAUAGCUAGGGUAUGAGAGAAGGCAGACUAAAGGCUAAGGAGAAAGUACAUGAUUAAUAUUGACAUACGCAUAUGUCCUGGAAUAAAGAUCAAAGUGAGUUGAGCAUGUCUGCUGAUGUGUCACAGAGAAUAAAAUCUCGAGAUACUGAGAAAAAAAAAUCUUAACAUGAAGAACAGAAAUGUCUCAGGUCUGAAAGAUAAGUUUACAAUGAUAAAAAAUCAACGAUCAAGAGUGAACAGAGUGAGCCUGCAUAUGUGUGUGUGUGUGUGUGUGUGUGUGUGUGUGUGUGUCUGUCUGUCUGUCCAGUGCGCAUGUGCAUGCUUAAGUGCAGGUCAGAGAUCAGUGUUAAGUUAUCAUCUUCAAUCAUUUCCCACCUUGUUUUUUGAGACAAGCUAUCCUUUAGCAAGCAGCUUGCUGAGUCGGUUAGCCUGGCUGGAUGGCAAGCCUUGGGGUUUUGCCUGUCUGCCUCUUCAGCGGUGGGAUUAUAGGCAUGCGCCACCAUGCCUGGCUUUUCAUGUGAGUAUAGUGCACCUGAGCUCAGGUGCUCAUACUUAAGCAGCAAGCUGUUCACUGACAGAGCCAUUUCCCCAACGGUAAGAGUGCAUUCUUUUCAUUUUGUUUUGAAGUUGCUCUUUCUGGUGAAAGGACCGCAGAGCUAGCAAACACUCUUAUCAUCUAGAACAGCUAUUUAGAUGUCAAUGUGUUCUGCAAACUUUGACACCCUGCCAAAGCAAAGAGGGUCCACCUGUCACUAUGGUGGUAAUUUACGUGAUAAACAGUUAAUGUUUUGGCAAGUGCAUUGUAGACAUGUUAAUUGGAUAAACUUUAAACUGAGUUGUGGAAAUAUUAGUAUCACCGAUUAUGGUGUUAAUUUAAUGAAAUUUGUGGUAAACCAGCUGACUUCAUUCUAUAUAUAGUAAAAUUUUAUCUUGUUUUACCAAAACAAUUAAAUGAGGGUUUAUUUGCCGUUACAAUGUGAGUGAAAAUAAAUAACGAGCCUGCUGUUAUGUGUACUCAGUGCUAGGAAAGUAGAUAUUGUAAAGAUUAAUUAUAAAAACAUUGUAGUAAGAAAAUAAAACCUGAUAGCCUAGAAUUGGCUUCCCAAGCAUACAUGUAAUUUAACAGAAAGAUGUAAAAAAUUGCCUUCAGAGAUUGCAACUAAUAUAUACAAUACUUUUAGUGAUGAGGAUAAUUUUAAGUAUUUGGAAAUGCUUGAAAACUAUAAUUACCAUUUUUAUCUCAUCUGCCAUUAACUUCUCCUUAAGAAGACUUUCCUACUCAAACACAGAAACCCCUACCUGGACAAUGGGAAGAGAGUGAGAGACCUUGGAACACUCAGUCAUAAAAGGAGAUGUCGCCAUCAAAUUCCUCCUCUCGGGUCUCAAGGAACUCUGAAGAAGAAGAGGAGACAAGAGAUUGUAAGAGCCAGAGGGCAUGGCAGACAACAACAAAAAGCAAGGCCUUCGAAACACAGCAGGACCAAUAUACAUGAGCUCACAGAGACUGAGGCAGCAUGCAAAGGGCCCGCAGAGGUCUGUACCAAAUGGGAUCACAGUGCUGAGGGGAAGUGAACACAAUUCCCCUUCCCUAACCCGGAAGCUAUCUCCAAUUGACAACUACUUGCAAAGGAAAAAUUAGUUUUCUCCAAGGGAGUCCAAACCACACUUAAGUGCAGGCCCCAAGCCCAGCAGUAGAUGGCCAACAAAAUGUGAACUCAGUGGUAUUUUUGGAGGGGUUUUGUCUCAUAAUGCUUUGUCUGGACAUUUUUUUUUUAAACCUUACAGCUUUUUUUUUCUUAUAUAUAUUAUGGUUUCUGACUUUGUGCUUUCAUGGGAUUUCUGUUUGUGCUUGUGGGAGGGUGGAGGGAUUCUCCUACUCACCUACCCAUAGAUGGCUGUGGAGUCAAGUUCUUGUGCAUGCAGUAAUAUUUGUUUCUUUAUUCAGGCAUUUGGAGGAUCUGGGAGAAAAAAAAAAACUAUAGAAAAAGUUGAAUCUUUUAUUUGAUAUUUUUCUUCCAAAUUCUAGAUGGUGGCUAGGAGUUGGAAAUUGGAAAUCAGACAAAUCCAGAACAAAAUUCCUUUACUGAUCCGUUGUAAUAAUUUAUCAGAGUCUUGGUUCUUUGCUUUGUAAAUAAAUGGUGAGAUUAUUUAAAGU